AUGACUCGCAAUCGUCAAUAUAUCAAGCAUAUUGAUGCAGCCUUUAGACCUGCUAUCAAACCGCCAUCAAACCCCAUACAUCUUAAGGCUUCAGAAAGGCCUGAGCUAUCCGGCUUUAAGAAGACUACUACUACUCGAGCACCGAGCACGACAAGUGUAACAACUCUGAAGCGAUCAAGCCAAGACCCCCCACCUGCCUGUACAACGGAAUCAGAUCCCAUCCACAUCAACUCCUUGGAAUGGCCUGAGCUACCCAAGAUAUCUGGUUUCGAGACACCUCCUACUAUCCGGGCACCUCUUACUGUCCUAGCACCUCCUAAGAUCCGAUCACCGAUGACGAUAGAUGCGAUGGAGCGGUUGGCAAGGGAGAUUUGGGGGCUCUGUGCCUAG